GGCGUUUUCACAUGUUCCUUAUCCGAGUUAUUUUAGAUAAUUUAUGAAACUAUAUAAAAACUAACAAUCUUUUUUCCAUUUUAAAUUUUUCUCUUGUUCUUAAUUUCAAUAAUGUUCACUCGUGAGUGUACCAUUUGUUUAGAAACAAAAUUGAAUUAUCAUAGGAUUACCUCAAAAUGUAUUCAUGAAGUUGAUGUUUGUUUAGAAUGUAUUAAUAGAUACAUUGAUACAAAUAUUGAUAAAUUUGAAACUAUUAUUCAAUUUGAUCAAAAUUCUAAAAUUAAAAUUACUUGCCCUGUUCCAAUGUGUAAUAAAUUAAUGGAAAGAGAUGAUAUCAAGAAAAUUGCGACAAAAGAAAUCUACGAAAGAUAUGAUUUUCUUACCUUCAAACUCGCGAUUCAGAAGAAUCCAAGAUUUAGAUGGUGUCAAGCCUCUUGUGGAAGUGGACAAAUUCAUAUAGGAGAAGAUCCAAUUUUCAUGUGCAAAGGUUGUGACAAGAACUCAUGCUAUACUCACGGGAUCCUCUGGCAUGAAAAUCAAACUUGCGAAAAAUAUGAUGAGAUAAAUAAACCAUUAGAAAUUGCUACCGAGCGUUUUCUUUCAAAGUCAACGAGAUGUCCUAGAUGUAAUCUUUAUAUCGACAAAAUUGAAGGAUGUGACCACAUGACCUGUAAAUGUUCACAUCAAUUUUGUAUAUCAUGUCUACAUGAAUAUCCAAACCAUGAGUCUAAUUGCAAUUCAUUCGGAUGUUUCGACGAUAGGCUUAACCACCUUUUAUUAGAUUUACGUAAUAGAACGGGACGACAGAUCUUUUAACAUUUUAAAAAUCUUGAUUAUUGCGAUAAUUAAUUAAAAAUGUCACAUGGUGGCGUUCACGUGUCAAUCUCGUACAGAAUAAAAUAUCAACUAAUUUACUAUGAAUAACAAUUGUGAUAAUGAAAUAAUAUUGUUAUUAUCAGUUUGUGUGUAUAUGAUUAUUUUUAUCAAUCGAUCGAUUAAUAUGAUAGUUAAACUUGGUCCUUGAUGAAUAAAUGUCAUAACGUGUAAAACAUAAUAAAAUUUAAAUUUUGAAAAUU